GGUCGGGGGGUCGGAGGAAGAGCCCGCUCAGCUACCGAAGGGCCUGAUCCAAAACCUUCCCCUCCUGCUGUCCACCGUGGAACGUUGCCCUGUGAACCGACGAAGCAGGUGAUUGGCUAAAGAUUAGCUCCACCCACUAUGCCCCCUUCUCCUUCAGUCGGCUCACACGGAAGAGAAGCUGUUUCUACACAGACGCGGGGCUUGGAGCGUCCUGUUCCUAGAUGAGAACGAAGAGCAGAAUAAAACCGGGACUCUCUUGGUGCAGCGCGGUAGACUACCCUGAUCGCUCCGGAGCAGAUGACAUGGCAAGCCCAUUAAUCUAAAAUGGAAGUAGCCACAGCAGAGGAGAAGUAAGCAAGCCUGAGGCUGCUGUGGUUCAGUCCGCAUAUAACAAUCUGAUCCUGAAAGCGUAGAAAUGAAGCAAUUGCCAGCAGAAACUGUCCGACUUCUUUCAAGUUCACAAGUGAUAACAUCUGUUGUCAGUGUGGUUAAAGAACUGUUAGAGAAUUCUUUGGAUGCUAAUGCAACAAGUGUUGAUGUUAAAUUGGAAAACUAUGGCUUUGAUAAGAUUGAACUGCGAGAUAAUGGUGAUGGGAUCAAGGCAGCUGAUGUUCCUGUCAUGGCAAUGAAAUACUACACAUCAAAAAUAAGCUCAUCUGAGGACCUUGAAAACUUGACAACAUAUGGUUUUCGUGGUGAAGCUUUGGGUUCAAUUUGUUGCAUGUCAGAGGUUCUGAUUACAACGAAGACAGCUGAUGAUGAUUAUAGCACCCAGUACAUUUUGGAUAGAAGUGGUCAUGUAACUUCUCAAAAGCCAUCUCAUCUUGGACAAGGUACAACUGUAACCGUUCUGAAGCUGUUCAAGAAUCUGCCUGUAAGAAAGCAGUUUUAUUCAACAGAUAAAAAAUGUAAGGAAGAAAUUAAAAAAAUUCAGAAACUUCUGAUGGCAUAUGCCAUUAUAAAACCAGAACUGAGGAUAACAUUUACACACAACAAGACAAUUAUGUGGCAGAAGACCAAGGUGUCAGACCACAAAAUGGCUUUUAUGGCAGUACUGGGAACUGCAGUUGUGAGCAAUAUGAUAGCUUUUCAACACCAUGGUGAAGAUCCAGAAGUAUUUCUCAGUGGCUUUCUUCCAAAGCCUAGUUCAGAUGGUUAUUUGACAAGUCAUUCAGGUUCAGAAAGGAGCUUCAUCUUUGUAAACAAUCGACCAGUGUAUCAGAAGGAAAUUCUCAAGCUGGUUCAACAAUACUAUAAUUUGAAGUUGCACAAGAAUUCUAAUCGUUUAUGCCCUGUUUUCUUUAUCAACAUUACUAUUCCUCCUUCUGCAGUGGAUGUCAAUUUAAUACCAGACAAAUCUCAAGUAUUGCUGCAUAAUAAGGAGUCUGUCUGUCUUGCUGUUGAAGAUGUCUUGACUUCUCUCUAUGGACCUUUAACUCCGGCUGUUUCUUUUGAAACAGAUACAUCAGCUGCUACUUCAGCAGACAUCUUUGUUAAUGAAGUAGAACAAAUGAAUGUGUCUGCUAAUGAAAUUGAACCCAGAAACAUAGAUCCACAUGCAUGCACUAAAUUGUUUUCAUUUAGUAAUGCGCAAAAUGGUAAAACUGAAAAAACCACAGAAGUCUGUUUAAAGAAUCAAAUGUGUAACAAUUCACCUCCUGGUCUUUCUACAAAAAAAAAAAUCUCUGACAACGAGACAGCUGCAUGUGAUAAAUUUCAGGAUGGCUCACUAAACAAUUAUCUAUGUGAGCACCAACAGAACAAGUCUAAGGUAAUGUUUAACCUAGAUGGCAAUACCUUAAUGGACACUAAUUUUAAAAAUGGCAUUGAGGAUGAUUUCAGAAGUGAUCUUUUCCAGGAAGCAGAAAAAAUAGAGCGAACCAUAAACCUAAAAGAUUCUUCUGAAGUCACUGCUGAUAAAUGGAGUCUUGGGAAUGCAUUUAAAAAUUUCAGAGGAGAGAACCUUGAACCUGUUCAAAUUUUGAUUCCUGAAAUGGGAGGGAAACGACCUCAAAAGAAAAAUGAUGGUGAUGGCCAACAAAAACUUCAAGAGGAAAAUAGCAAUCAAAAUAAUAAAAAACCAAAUGUGAUAAAUGAUAAAGUAGGACAGAUUACAGCCUAUGAUUUAAUAAGAAAUCGGAUAAUAAGGAAACCCAUGUCAGCAUUUGACAUUUUUACUCAGGACCAUCGUUCUAGAUUGUUGACUGAAAAUACCAAAGUGAGCACAGAAGAACUAAUGGUGAAAAUGGAAGAAAUGUGGGAGACACUGAAUGAAGAAGAGAAAAAGAAAUAUGAGGAAAAAGCUGGUAGAGACUUGGAGCGAUACAACAAGCAAAGUAAAAAAGCUAUGGAUCAAAGCAUACAAAGAUCAACAAAAGAAAGAGAGAAAAAACACAAGUCCAAACUGAAAGAUUGUCUGUCUAAUCAGCAGAAACUUGACAAACAUUUUCAUUCUCAAACAGAAAAGAAACACAAUAAUUGCAAAGCCAUAAAAGCUGUACAAGUGCCCUUUUCUAUGGAUUCAUUCAAACAUAAACUUCGCAUGCUUGAACAGAAAGAGUCAGAUAAGGAAGAACCUUGCUUACUUCAUCUUCAGAGUUUUCCUGAUGCAUGGAUAAUUACCUCUGAGAAAAAGAUAAUGAUACUGAAUCCAUAUAGAGUAGAAGAAGCCCUUCUGUUUAAAAGACUGCUUGAAAAUCAUGAACUUCCUACAGAGAAGCUGGACAAGCCAAUUAUAUUAACUGACAGUGUUUUUAGUGAUUCUCGUUAUAAAGAAGUUCUUUGCAAUAUGCCCAGUGAAAGCAUAAGAUUUGAUGGGUCAUCCUAUUUGUUGGAUUCGAGACUAUCAGCAAAUGGAUUUAAGAUAAAGAUAAUACCAGGUGUUUCAGCUAUGGAAAAUCAGUUGGAAAUAGUAGGAAUGUCCAACCGUCUGCCAUAUUAUGGUGUACCAGAUUUGAAAGAAAUUCUGAGUGCUGUGGUAAAUAAUAAUGCAAAAGAAGUCCAUGAGUGUAGACCUCUUAAAGUGGUAAACUACUUGGAGGGAGAAGCAGUGAGACUCUGUCGGCAGCUACCUUUGUAUUUAUCAAAGGAAGAUGUAUGGGACACCAUCUGUAGAAUGGAGAAACAACUUGGAAAUCAACAUAAAGUCUGUGUUCAUGGCCAUCCAUUUGUUCAUUAUUUAACAGAUAUUCCUCAGAGUAACUAGAAGGGACAUUUUAGAAAACACAUUUUUUCACUACUGUACAUUUAAUACUUUUCCCCACAUAAUUUAUUGAGAGAUGAUUUGUAACCAUCUUGCAUUGCUUUGAUCUCCAUGUAGUAGAUUAUUUUCUAAAAUGAAUGUAUUGAAAUGUGUUCAGGAAUAUUUUUUCAUAUGAAAAUAUGCUGAAAACUGUCUAUGUUCCUAAAGUGUAAAAACAGCAGAUGGAAAUAGAUCCCCACAUUAUUUUACAACUUUCUCUGCUGGACAUGUUUGUAGUUCAUAAAACAAAGUAUGCAAAGGAAAACCAAAGCAACAAAUACAAGAAGGAAAUGGAAUAUAAUAUUUAGUAGCCAUAGUAGAGAAGAAUCAAUACUAAACUAAAUGGACACUCAAUGUUUAAGUCUACCUCUCUGUUUACAUAUGCAUUUUCUUCAGAUAACAGGACCUGGAUACAUCCAAAUAAAUAUUAGUAUUUC